CAGCCCUCUGAAAGCCUUCCUUGCCUGUGCUCCACAGAGGACAGACCAACUCAGCACAGCAGUGAGUGAUUCCUCCCCACGCCGCUGGGAUGGAGAGUCGGCAGCACAGCGCCACCGAGGAGCCUGAGAUCGAGCUGUUUGUGAAGGCUGGUCUGGAUGGAGAGAACAUUGGGAACUGCCCCUUCUGCCAGCGCCUCUUCAUGGUGCUGUGGCUGAAAGGUGUCAAGUUCAACGUCACCACAGUGGACAUGACCAGGAAACCUGAAGAGUUGAAGGACUUAGCACCGGGCACCAACCCACCCUUCUUGCUUUUCAACAAGGAGCUGAAAACAGACUUCAUCAAGAUUGAGGAGUUCCUGGAGCAGACCCUGGGCCCACCCAUGUAUCCACGCCUCAGCCCUAAGUACAAGGAGUCCUUCGAUGUGGGGAGCGACAUCUUUGCCAAGUUCUCGGCGUAUGUCAAGAACCCACGCAAGGAAGCGAAUAUCAGCUUCGAGAAGGCCCUGCUGCGGGAGUUCCAGCGCCUGGACAUUUACCUGAACACACCUCUCCCCGACGAGAUCGACCAGGACAGUGUGGAAGAUGUCACCAUCUCCAAGAGGAGGUUUCUGGAUGGAGACCACCUAACGCUGGCUGACUGCAACCUCCUGCCCAAACUGCAUAUCAUCAAGAUUGCAGCCAAAAAGUACCGCAACUUUGAGAUCCCGGCAGACAUGACAGGAGUGUGGCGCUACCUCACCAAUGCAUAUGCCUGCGAUGAGUUCAGCCACACAUGUCCUGCAGAUGAGGAGAUCGAGCACACCUAUGCCAGCGUGGCCAGGAAGAUGACCUAA